AAUUAGAAAGAAGCUAAAAGAAGUUGAAGCUGUGAAUUUGUGUCCACAGAUUUAGGAGGGGGAAAAGCCUCUCAAAAUUCGACUUCAGUUUUGGGGAUAAUCAUAUCAACAUUCUUCACCCAAAUUCAAUCGAAUUGGAUCUGAAAUGGGUGCAAUCGCAACUCAAACAAGAGGUCUCAGAUCAUCACCAUCUCCUUCUUCUUCUUCAACAUCCAUUUGUUGUUAUUCAUCCGAUCAUAAACCCUCUCCUCCUUCUCAUGUUAUUGUUUUCCUCUCCAGAAAGAAUCCUGUUUCAGAUCACAGCUCGUGUUUGCGGAAACGUAAUUCCUUCUUGAGAGGCGAUUUCCAAAUAAACCAGCAAUUUCUUAGAUUAGAUUCUAGCAGGCGACUGAGAAAGCGUGCAGGGCCUGUGUGCGUUCUUCCGUUAACGGAAGAAAAUGUGGAGAAGGUGUUGGAUGAGGUCCGGCCUGGACUUAUGGCCGAUGGUGGCAAUGUUGCGUUACACGAGAUCGACGGUCUCGUCGUCGUGCUAAAACUUCAAGGAGCAUGUGGUUCGUGUCCAAGUUCCACAAUGACACUCAAAAUGGGAAUCGAGACUCGACUCAGAGAUAAAAUUCCUGAAAUCAUGGACGUCGAGCAAAUACUUGACACGGAAACCGGGCUCGAGUUGAACGAGGAGAAUGUUGAAAAGAUUCUUGCAGAGAUUAGACCAUACUUGGUUGGGACCGGUGGUGGCAUUCUUGAGUUUGUCGAAAUCAAAGACUACACCGUCAAAGUGCGGCUCAGCGGCCCUGCAGCCGGGGUGAUGACGGUUCGUGUUGCAUUGACACAGAAAUUGAGAGAAAAAAUACCUAUUAUUACGGCCGUUAUAUUGAUAGAGUAACAAAGACCGCCAUGUAUUUUGCUGUAAAUUUGACGAGAGAGUUUUGUUUCGUAUAUUACUUCAAAUUUUAGGAGCAUCUGUGGGUUAAAAAACAAUUGGAUCAAGAACUGGAGAUGUCAAAGUGACCUUGCAUAAUUCAUGACUUUGCAUAAGAUUGAAUGCA